AUGUACGCAGACACAGAUAUAGACACACCACGCAGCGCAUACAUUGUGUGCGAUGAGCUGUCAUUCGUUAGUCCCAGCGAGCCGAUGUACUCUGCUUUGACCAAAUUUGACGACAGCCGCAACCGCGCCAGGGGCCAAUCCCGACGGGAUAG